GCCAAUAGACACAUCAGUUCGCUUCCAAGUUUCAAGAGAGCAACCAACCAACCAACCAACCAACAAUCAACAUGAAAUUCAUCGCUGUCAUUGCUACCGUUUGCCUGUUGGCCACCGCCGUUGCUGCUGACGAGAAGGACAAGAUGGUUGGCUCUGCCUACGGUGCACCAGCUGCUCCAUCCUAUGCUGCUGCCCCAGCUGCUCCAAGCUAUGCUGCUCCUGCUGCUCCAGCUUACUCGGCACCAGUCUCGAUUCCGGCUCCACCAUGCCCCAAGAACUAUCUGUUCAGCUGCCAGCCCAAUUUGGCUCCAGUUCCCUGCAGCGCUCCAGCUCCAGCUAGCUACGGAUCCGCCGGUGCCUACUCCCAGUACGCUCCCGUCUAUGCUCAGCAGCCCCUCCGCUGGUAAAUGCUUGUUGCCAAUAAACGAUUUGACCACCGAUUUCAACUUGGACGAAUAUAAAUAAAAGAAAAUCCAGAAAAUAUAUGACAAGAUAAAAACAAAA